AUGGCAGCAGCAGCAGUAGCAGCCAGAGGAGGAGGAGUCACCGUAGCAGCACCAAAAUUCAUCACCAAGGCGUCGUCGGAAUCUUCAAUUAAAGCUCAUGCCGUCAGGUUUUCCCUCUGGAAAAAGCGCGCCGGCGGGAGGAUGACGUGCGUCGGACCUGUGGCGGCAGGGGCGCCGGACCAAAUCUCAGGGAAGGUGGAGGAGAGCAUAAAAAACGCGCAGGAAGUAUGCUCCGAUGAUCCAAUUAGCGGCGAGUGCGCGGCGGCGUGGGACGAGGUGGAGGAGCUGAGUGCUGAGGCCAGCCAUGCCAAAGACAGGAAGAAGGAAUCGGACCCGUUGGAGAAUUUCUGCAAAGACAACCCAGAGACCGACGAGUGUCGCACAUAUGAUAACUAAUUAGCUAUUGGGAAUAUUGUCAUACUUAUACAUCACCAUAGCUUGCACUUUGUAUCUAUGGAACACCUUUGAUACUUGUAAUAUCAAUGGAAUAGUAGUUGUUUACAUGUUUCUUUA